AUGGGCCUCAGGUUCGCUUCUGCCAUAUGCGUCGCUGCCGCCUCAACUAAAAGGCCUCUCUAUCAUGCACUCUUCAACAUGCGACUCAGUGAUCAAACACAAACCCUAAUGAAAACGAACCUGCGAUGGAGGAAGAGAUCUCUGCUGCUCUUGGACAAACUUCUUCUCCGCGUACUCGCCACUGUUACUGACACCCUUCGCCUCCCCGCCUCCCUCAUUUUCAAAUCAUUUGAGGGGUCAAUUCUUAGGGCUUCCAGUCGUGAGAUGUUGGUGUUCAAGCUUAGUAGAGUUUUGAAUCUACUCAUCCCUUUUUCAAUGAUUUCCAGCAUCAAUUUGGAUUUUUCUGGUGAGUAUAGCCUCCUGCUCUAUUCCAGCUUUCGCUCUCCUUCUGCCAUUGUCAUUGGUGGUGGAUUUGCAGGGAUUGCAGCUGCUCAUGCACUGAAAAAUGCAACUUUUCAGGUUGUGCUUUUAGAAUCUCGGGAUAGAAUUGGUGGUCGAGUUCACACUAACUACUCAUUUGGUUUUCCUGUUGACAUGGGAGCAGCCUGGUUGCAUGGUGUCUGCAACGAGAAUCCAUUGGCAUCUUGGAUUGGAAGACUUGGUCUACCAAUUUAUCGAACUUCUGGUGACAAUUCUAUCUUGUAUGAUCAUGACUUGGAGAGCUACGCACUCUUUGAUGGUGAUGGACAUCAAGUGCCUCAAGAUCUAGUGGAAAAAGUUGGUAAGGUGUUUGAAACCAUUCUGGAAGAGGCUAACAAACUCAGGUAUGAAACAAAUGAAGACAUGUCUAGAGCACAGGCUAUUAAGCUAGUCAUGGAGAGGCAUUCAAUAUGAUGCAUUAUUAAUGAAUUAAGUCUACUUUAUGAGAUUUCAGAUUUUUUUAUUAUUCAUAGGCAUUUAGUUUAGAUCAAGUGACAUUUCUUUAUCUUCUUCUUACAGGUGG